AUGUCCUUCCUCUUCGGCGGCGGCCGUCCGCAGCUCAGCUCAGCGCAAAAGAUCGAGGCCGCAGAAACAGAGCUCGAGCUCGUGUCGGAUAUGUUCAAUAGGGAGGGAGACCUUAACAAGGCCGAGAGUGUCUGCAUAGAUCGAUGUGUCGCAAAGUUCUUCGAAGUCAACAUGAAAGUCUCAGAAAAGAUGCAGAGCGAGGCUGCUGGUCGGCAAGGGAGCGGCGGUGUAGGCGGAGGCAUGUUUGGUAUGUAA